CCAGUUUUAGCCAAGUUAGUGCGGCCUCACGGCGAGUGACAAAACAGUUGCGUGUUCUUCCUCGUUCACGCGCCCACAACUUGUCUCGCUGAAAGCAGCUUAUUUGCAGCAAUGACGAAGGACCCGAACAAGCCCAGAGGGAAGACCUCAUCCUACGCGUUCUUCGUGGCGACGUGCCGCGAGGAGCACAAGAAGAAACACCCAGGAACCAGCGUGAACUUCUCAGAGUUCUCCAAGAAGUGCUCGGAGAGAUGGAAGACCAUGUCGAGCAAGGAGAAGGUCAAGUUUGACGAGAUGGCCAAGAACGAUAAGGUCCGUUAUGACCGGGAGAUGAAAACUUACGUUCCUCCCAAAGGUGCCAAGAAGGGGAAGAAGAAGAAGGACCCAAAUGCCCCCAAAAGGCCUCCCUCUGCUUUCUUCGUCUUCUGUUCCGACCACCGUCCUCGGAUCAAGGAGGAGAACCCUGGCAUCUCCAUCGGAGACGUGGCCAAGAAGCUCGGCGAGUUGUGGUCCACGCAGAGCGCCAAAGACAAGGCGCCGUACGAGGCCAAGGCUGCCAAACUGAAGGAGAAGUACGAGAAGGACGUCGCUGCCUACAAAGCCAAGGGAAGCUCCGGGAAGAUCGACGCCGGGAAGAAGAGCGGACCCGGCAGGCCUUCUGCCAAGAAGGCAGAACCAGUCGAUGAUGAUGACGACGACGACGAGGAAGAUGAGGAGGAGGAGGACGAUGACGACGAGGAUGAUGAUGAUGAAUAAGCGUUGUUUUGAUGUGAAGUUUGCGAUGCAUUGUUCAGAUUAACUCCUGUUUUCUUUCUGUGUGGAUGAUUGCAACAUGUAGCCUGCUGUCCACGUGGGUCUGCCAGACCUGGACUCAUUCAGGGAUUUAGUUUUAUCCACGUCUUUCUACUGAACUCGGGUUUGUUACAUCGUAGAUCCUGUUUAACCGCUCCUUAGGUGGACAGCAGAGCCAGAUUUUUUUUCCUCUACUCUUAAAUAUUGUUUCUGGAGGCGCCGCUCUUUGUUCCGGCGCCGUUCGUUUCUUCACUGUUUUACUUCAGGAUUUAUCUGUAGCUUCAAUUUGAAAAUGUUUGCAGCCGUUUUAAAGUGGAACUUGAAGACUUGUAGAACGAAUUUUUCUUUUAUAAUAAAAUUUUGUAUAUUGAUUACA